AUGGAAACAAAAAAUGCUUCACAGCAGAAAAUUUGUCGAAAGCGUGUGGUGACAAAGAAUGAAUUAAAAAGGAUUUUGACAUAUUAUACUUCGCAGCUACCAUGUGUCACUGAAGCUUGUAAAGUGGAAAAACGUGAAUUAAAUUCCUUGGUUAAAAACCUUCAGGAGGAGAUCCGCGCUAAGGAUGCAUCAAUUAAAACUUUACGUGAAAAUUUAUCAACAUUAAGGCUUGCAAUUCGAGAAUUCAGUUGCUUCAUCGCUAGCAAUCAUCCCGGAACAAAGAUUGCUACAGCAGCUCGAAUAUGGGAAAAACGGUGGAAAGCGGAAAAUGAAGAGGGAUUAUGGAAUAUAGCAAAGUCACCAAUAGUACAAUCGGCAAUGAGUCGCCAUCGGUCUACUAAACUGAAUGCAUCAUCUGUUGAAAACAUUUCCACUGCCAAUACUACACAGCCUGAAAAGGCACAGUUUGUUUCAUCGCAGCAGAAUAAUACAUUUCAUGAAUUUGCACGGAAGAAUGCGACAGCAGUAUCACGUGUAACUAAUUCGAGCAUUUCACGUAAAUCGUCAACAAAUUUAAAGCAGGUUAGUUCAUCAUCUCUUUCAACUUCAACUAAUAAGGGUAAUUCUUCAAUGCCAAAAAAUCAGUCAGUGGCAACAGCUAAGGAUAAUUCUUCAACGCCAAAAAAUCAGUCAGUGGCAACAGCUAAGGAUAAUUCUUCAACGCCAAAAAAUCAGUCAGUGGCAACAGCUAAGGAUAAUUCUUCAACGCCAAAAAAUCAGUCAGUGGCAACAGCUAAGGAUAAUUCUUCAACGCCAAAAAAUCAGUCAGUGGCAACAACUAAGGAUAAUUCUUCAACGCCAAAAAAUCAGUCAGUGGCAACAGCUCAUGUUUUAAUUACUGUGAAUCAGCCGUUGAAUUUGGCUAUGUCAUCGGUUGCUAAUAAUCAUAUUUUGAUGCUAACGAACUCCCAGUGUAAAACUACAGAGACUAACAAUUCAUUACAAAUAAAUGGACAAGAUAUCGAUCAUUCCUCGACAGUUAGAUAUUUAAGAUUGAGUAGUGCGAAAACAAAGCGUAAAAAUCCUAGUGAACCAGUUGGCACUAAAAAAAUUCAAAGAAGUGAAACUGUUAGUGAUGUGAUUGUACUUAGCGAUGAUGAAAGUAAUGAAAUAGUGGAUAUUAUUCCAGAAGAUAUAGUUACAAUACCUCGUUAUGAUUCAAUAAAUUCACUACGUUGCAAAAAAUCUCAUCCAUUAGUAUAUCCUAGGCUAAGGAUUUAUCCAGGUUUACGUAUAUCACGCCUUCAUAUUACAUGGUUAAAUUCAUUUGAAGAUAUAACAAAGACAAAAUAUAUUAUACUAAAUGUUCAAUAUGCUGGUGAAUACUCGAAACAGAUUUUUCAUAUUUUGUAUUAUAUACGAUCGAUGGUUGAAAGAGAGGAAGCUAAAGGAUGGAUAAGGAUUUAUUCAAAGGAAUGUGUUGCUAGCGGGAAGAGUCGAUUACGGAUUCAAUUUGAUGAUGAUCAGACUUGGUUCAAUGAUGCAAUCUAUUUUACUGGAUUUAUCGAGUGUGGUUUGGAGAGAUAUGGUGCAUAUGCGGAUGUAUGCAAAGUGGAAUUGGGUUCACAGAAUAAACAGGUGCCAAAUAAUUUUACAAGACGUCACUGGCCAUAG